GCGAAGACAACUCUUUGAAAGAAGAAACGUCUCUCUUUCUGUCUUCUUUCUAGCAAACUUCCUUUCUCCCUCGUUAUAAAAACACCAUCAGUUUCUAUGUAUCAGCAAUUGUUUCGGUUUCCAAAACUCAAGAAUAAAUCAGACACACUUGCUCUUACACGCCAAAAAGUUGAUUGAAUCUCUUGCGAUUCUCUUCAUUCUUCCAUAUGGACAAGCAGGGUCAUAAGGCUUCUCGCACUGUAGAAGUCACAGUCUUAUCCGCAGAAAACCUACGCCUCGAUCGCAAAUCCGUGAAAAAGAAUACUUAUGUUAUUGCCAGAGCCAGCCCUCUUAACUCCGGAUCAACCAAAACUGAUUUUGAAGGAGGCAGCAACCCUUCAUGGAACGAGAAGCUUACCCUAGACCUGCCAUUUCAGACUCGUUUUAUAAGCCUUGAAGUGAAAUGCAAGACUAGUUCAGGUGACAGAGUUAUUGGCACAGCAAGUCUUCCAAUUUCUGACAUACUGGAAGAUUAUACGCCAGAGAAUCAUCUGCAUUUCUUGAGUUACCGUUUGAGGGACUCAAGAGGUGGAAGGAAUGGUGUCAUUAAUGUUUCGGCUAGAGUCAAGAUGCCAGUAGAUUCUGUGUGUCCGUCGGCGACGAAGAACCCAAGCGGGUAUGGGUGUUCAUCGUCUUGGCAGCAGCCUGCUCUGGGAGUCCCUGUGGGUCAUCAACAAAACUAUUACAGUGGAGUUGUGACUGGAGUUCCUGUUUGGAGUUAAUUUUAAAUUCCUCACCCAAACGGGUGAUCGAUCACAAUUUGUAGCCUUGCUAGUUUCCUUACUGUUGAAAUCCCAACUUAAUCCUUAAUGCUAUUCUUUGAUUGAUCGUGCAUAAAGGCACGCUUCGCUUAAA